UUUGCACAUGUUUCUAAGAGUGUGUGCGUGUGUGUUUUCACCCACAGCACUUCAGGACUCAUUUCAAAACUGUCAAAACUCAUUACACAGCUUAGUGUAAUUCCAUAUAAAAUGUACAGCUGUACCAAAGGCAUCAGUUUUUCUUCAAGAAUGUUUCCUUCUCUCUUUGUGGUCAUACUGGGGUUGUGCUAUUGUAGUGAGGAGAACAGUGAGUCAUCUCUGGGUAUUCCACGGCUGUAUGGGCCUUCUGAGGCUUUGGUGAAAACCAUUGCAGAAUUUAAUUGUGAACUGCUGACCUACCCAGAUGGUGAGCCUGUCCUGCUGCAGUUAUUCAAGGCGGGUAAUCGUGACAAUUUUCUGGCUGAAUACACCUCCCUGGAUGGGGAAAUUGCAGCCUUCCCCAUGAUAAUCAAACUUCACUAUGAGGGAAACCUGGAGUGUGUGGCCCGACUGCGGAACAACUCCAAUGUAGAGCCCACUGUCAGCAACAUACACCACCUGAGGGUUGUUGAACCAGUGAGAGAUGCACGGAUUGAAGUCCUUUCAGGUCGAGUGGAAUUCUUUGAAGGAGAGACUCUGGAGCUACGCUGUAAAGUUUCUGCUGGAAAUCAUGUCUCCUACAAGUGGCUGCUGAAUGAUCAGCUUGUCUCUCAUUCUCAUGUCCACGGUGAAAUUCUCGUCAUCAACAGAACUACUUCUAAAGACAGCGGCUCCUACAUGUGUGUGGCCACCAACAUCUUCAACAAAACAAAGGUCUUCAACUCCAGUAGCACUGAAAUAAUCACGGUGAAAGACAUGGUGUCACACCCUGACAUCUCCUUCACAGUGUCAAAGGAGGAUUCCCACAGCUAUUCUGCCAUGGUCACCUGUCAGUCAACAAAAGGGACUCCGCCUAUCACCUUUUCAAUUUACAUGACAGAACUGGUUGCCAGUACAAUAACUCAAGAGAGAAAUGCCAAAUUUAAGGUUCCAUUGGUCUUGGGCGAGCACUUGGGAUGGUUGCAAUGCCAGGCAAGGAAUGCAGACCAGACAGCUUACAGUGCAUGGAUUCGCCUAGAAGUUGAACCAGUGAGAGGUGCAUGGAUUGAAGUCCUUUCAGGUCGAGUGGAAUUCUUUGAAGGAGAGACUCUGGAGCUACGCUGUAAAGUUUCUGCUGGAAAUCAUGUCUCCUACAAGUGGCUGCUGAAUGAUCAGCUUGUCACUCAUUCUCAUGUCCACGGUGAAUUUCUCGUCAUCAACAGAACUACUUCUAAAGACAGUGGCUCCUACAUGUGUGUGGCCACCAACAUCUUCAACAAAACAAAGGUCUUCAACUCCAGUAGCACUGAAAUAAUCACGGUGAAAGACAUGGUGUCACGCCCUGACAUCUCCUUCACAGUGUCAAAGGAGGAUUCCCUCAACUAUUCUGCUAUGGUCACCUGUCAGUCAACAAAAGGGACUCCGCCUAUCACCUUUUCAAUUUGCAACAUGACAGAACUGGUUGCCAGUACAAUAACUCAAGAGAGAAAUGCCAAAUUUAAGGUUCCAUUGGUCUUGGGCGAGCACUUGGGAUGGUUGCAAUGCCAGGCAAGGAAUGCAGACCAGACAGCUUACAGUGCAUGGAUUCGCCUAGAAGUUGUCCCGGUUAGUGGUCCUGUGAUGAUACAUUAUGACUAUGACUUUGGAGAAAACUAUGCUGUGACUAUCGUGAGGUUCUACUGCAAGGCGGCAGAGGGAUCUCUUCCACGGUACCAGUGGUUCCUCAACAAAACCCUUCUACAUGACAGAGGAAGCUUCUACUAUGUGGACCACCAGCCUCCGGAGCAGUCUAUACUGGUGUUGUCUGUAAGCAGAAGCAGUGCUGGGACGUACCACUGUGAGGUGUCUGACAGCUUUGACAAUACCACUGCCAUAAAUAGCAAAAGGUGGUAUUUGGAUAAAGAAGAGCUGAAUCGUCUCCCCGUACUGGUGGUGGUAGUUGUCUUUGGAUGUUUCACGGCCCUGCUCCUCGUGGUCACCAUUUGUUGCUGGGUUGGAGUGGUGUUCAGACGAAGGCGGUAUGGAGGGAAGUCUCUGGUGGCCUUGGAGAUGGACAGAAUGGUGGAUGCUGGCGAGCCGGAUUUGAAAGACUUCACUGACGACGCUGAUGUGGUGAAGACAGCAAGCGAUGUUGAAUUUGAUCAGGCAUCGGAAGCCUCUGUGGACGAAUGGCCUCAGAUUGAGGAAGAGAAGACGACGAUUGAAGAUGAACCAGCUGAGGAGCCCUGAGGAGCAAACUGUUGCUGUGUUAACACGUGUCUUUGUGAUUAAAUAAAUUCGGCUGGUGUCACUAUGAA